AUGGGAGACUCAGGCAGCCCCCAUUCCUCAGCCCCGCCACCGACGACGGGAGGACGGCCACAGCCGCGCCUAGACACAAGAAACCUUGGUUCUCUACCGCCGAACGACCAUGCUCGACACACACAGAAGCAUGACCUUGGCCCAAAAUGGCACAAGGAGUACUCCGAGAUAGACAUAUUCAGCGGGAGGGUCCUGAUCAUCGAUUUCGUCAAACAGGAUGACUGCAAAGUCGGAAUGCGCAAAGUAGCCGCGCAGGAAAUCUACGACCUCGAACACCUCCGUAGGGUAUACGCCAAUCAGGAACGAAAUGACGAAGCCGUGCUGCGUGUCUUCCAUGUCCAGAAUGCAGAGUGGGCCACCAAUUAUCUCCUGCGCAAGUUCAAUAUCGACAACCGGGACGAUCUUGUCGGCACCAACUUUGGCCGUUAUGUCCGCCACAAGCGCCCCGAACGACGCGGAGGGAAGCCCUUCCUGAGCGGGAAGACGUGGAAGGUACAAUAUGACCCGUGGCGCGGGAUUAGCAAGACGUCCUUUGGCCUAGAUUAUUUCAAACAAUACCGUUGCCAUGAACCGAUGGAGCGCAAAGCGAGGGCCCGGCAUGAGCAGGAUUAUAGCCUGAAGAUGAUGGAGCUGAAUUGUUUCGAUGAAAACGAUAACCCCAAAUACGGCUAUGAUGUCUAUGUCCAACGCGUCAGUUGUUAUAUCCAACACAAACAGACCUCCAUUGAGGUGCCUACGAACCCGGAUAUCAAGAACCCUUACAUCAUUGAACCCGCGAAAACCGACAGUGCGAAAAAUCGCCUGAAGAACGAAUACAUCCCGCGCCUCAACACACUCGAUAACGGCAACGCUAUUCUCAUAUUUGAUAAUUCACACAACAACAGCAUCGAGGAUACCUUGAUUGGUGCACGAGGCGUCUGGGAAUCACGCUGGCGCCGGCUCCCUUUCUUCCUGGCAUUCGAAUCUCGCGACCUCGUUGCCACGGACGAGCAGCUUGCAUUCCAGUGCUCGAGGAUCAUCCUAGAGGAUAUUUUCAAGGCACUGGUGCUGGAGUGGGAUGCUUUUUUGGAUCUUGCUAUGGACCACGUUAGUAUUUUGGAAGACAAGAUCUACGAAGAGCCAGCCGACGAGACGAAGGCACCAGAGCUGUGGCUGAAUUCAAGUAUUUGGCUGAAGGUAGAAAAGCUGCUGUUUAUACAUAUUGAUAUUAUCAAAGAGAUGCGGCCAAGAUUAAGGGAAUUAGAUGAUGAUCUGGACACCGACGAUACGUGGCUCGACAGUAUCCCAGGAGAUUAUGACAGGCUUAGCACGUUGGUUGAAGAGGACUUGGUCAAGCCAACUAAGACUUUAAUUUCGCUACUCUAUCAAAGCGUGUCAAUUCGCGAUAGCAGACAUAGCAUCCAACUUGGAGUCAGCAUGUGGCGAUUGAGUUGGAUAACAUUUAUCUUCUUGCCGCUAACAUUCAUAGUGGGCUUCUUCGGUAUGAAUGUCGACACAUUUGCCGAUAACCCUAGCAUAAAGUGGUACUUUAUAUCAUGCGUGCCCUUCAUGCUCUGUGUGCUCGCCGCUUGGUACGUUGUCAAGCACAUUAUCGCCCGCCAGCGCCAAACCCCUUACCAGCGUGGAAUUUAUGAGAACUUCUUUCACGAAAUGGCUACCGAGAACCCCUCCUUGUGGUCUCGUAUGGGUCCUCGUGAAUAUGUCCGCCCAGAUGGUCACAUCGCUCGCCUCAAAUGGCAUCUCGUCAAGCGCUGGAGCGCGCCCGAAAAGACUAUUCUGGCGAGUCCCAAAUCGGACGACGAGGGUGUCGAUAGCCUUGGUGCCGUGUCGAAGCUUAAACGCUACUUCAUCUGUCGUUGGACUGCGCAGAUCGGGAAGCGAUUCAAGUGGAGGUCAUCAAGUUCAAGAGAUCGGAGUGAGGCAAGGAAGGAAAUGGAGGCGGGAGAGGACGAAGCAGACAAGGAGAAUAAGCAAGAAGGGAAUGCGAGUGGUACUGAUGGUCAUGGAGGAGCUGUCACUGGCAAUGAUAAUGCUGGCGAGCAGAGCCCUGAGGAAACUCAACCAAAGGCCUGA